UGGGGAAAUUCCUUGAGCCUUGUUAUCCCUACAGUAACUAUAGACUUCGGCAGGAAUGCGGGUGAUUAAUUUCGGGUCUGUGCGCUGGGUGUCUGGGAGACGCCGCUCUCUCACCAAACCCUGCGAACCCAGCUCGCCUAAGCAAACACCGCUCUGAAACAAAACAGCGCUUCAGCCCCGGCUCUGGGCAAGAUCAGACUUCCCUCCCUCCCUCUCCCCUCCCCUUCCUUGCCGUCCCCUCCCUCUCUGCCCCCUCCCUGCUUUUCCCCUCCCUCUCUCCGGCAGCAGCUCCGUUCUCUCCGAUCCGCCCCGGCAGCCUCACGCCGGGGCUGGGGCUGCCCGGGAGCUCUCUGCCCAUCCUGCCGUGCCCUGCCAUCCCUGCCCAUCCCUGCCCGUCCCUGCCAGCCCUGCCCAGCCCUGCCCGGACACCAAAAGUUGUGCGGAGGGAGCGCCGAGGAUGGGAGCGCAUCUGCAGCCGCUGGCCCUGCGGCUCCUGGCGCUCACUUUCCCCUUGGUGGCCAAGGGUUUUCCCGACGAAACCUUGGAGAAAGCCGCCAAGUCCGAGGGAUAUUGCAGUCGGAUCCUGCGAGCCCAAGGCACCAGGAGGGAAGGGUACAAUGAAUUCAGCCUCAGGGUGGAGGGCGACCCAGAAUUUUACAAGCCUGGGAGCAGUUACCGGGUGACUCUCUCGGCUGCCACCCCUGCCUACUUCCGAGGCUUCACGCUGAUCGCCCUCAAGGAAGGCAAGGAAGGGGACAAGGAGGAAGACCACGCAGGAUCUUUCCAGAUCAUAGAUGAAGAAGAAACCCAGUUCAUGAGCAAUUGUCCUGUUGCUGUGACCGAGAGCACACCGAGGAGGAGGACAAGGAUCCAGGUUUUCUGGACAGCUCCUCCCUCUGGGACAGGCUGUGUCAUCCUGAAAGCCAGUAUUGUGCAGAAGCGCAUAAUUUAUUUUCAAGAUGAGGGUUCUCUCACCAAAAAAAUUUGUGAACAAGACUCAGCCUCAGAAGGUGUGACCGACAAACCAAUUUUGGACUGCUGUGCCUGUGGUACUGCCAAGUACAGGCUGACUUUCUAUGGCAACUGGUCAGAAAAAACACAUCCCAAAGAUUUUCCACGACGCACCAACCACUGGUCUGCCAUCAUUGGCAGCUCUCACUCCAAGAACUACAUCCUGUGGGAAUAUGGGGGAUAUGCCAGCGAAGGUGUCAAGCAGGUUGCAGAGCUGGGGUCCCCAGUGAAGAUGGAAGAAGAAAUUCGACAGCAGAGUGAUGAGGUUCUGACAGUCAUCAAAGCCAAGGCACAGUGGCCAGCCUGGCAACCUCUGAAUGUGAGAGCUGCUCCCUCUGCUGAGUUCUCCGUGGAUCGCCACAGGCACCUGAUGUCCUUCCUCACCAUGCUGGGCCCCAGCCCCGACUGGAAUGUGGGGCUCUCUGCCGAGGACCUCUGCACCAAGGACUGUGGCUGGGUCCAGAAAGUCGUGCAGGAUUUGAUCCCCUGGGAUGCUGGCACCGACAGUGGUGUCACCUAUGAGUCUCCUAACAAACCUACAGUGCCUCAGGAGAAGAUCAGACCUCUUACAAGCUUAGAUCAUCCUCAAAGCCCAUUUUAUGAUCCAGAAGGAGGAUCUAUCAAGCUGGUGGCCAGAGUUGUCAUUGAGAGAAUUGCACGAAAGGGGGAGCAGUGCAAUAUCGUUCCUGAUAACAUAGAUGAUAUUGUGGCAGACCUAGCACCAGAGGAAAAAGAAGAAGAUGAUACCCCUGAGACUUGCAUAUACUCAAACUGGUCCCCAUGGUCGGCCUGCAGCUCCUCUACCUGUGAAAAGGGCAAGAGGAUGAGGCAGAGAAUGCUGAAAGCCCAGCUGGACCUCAGUGUGCCCUGCCCAGACACCCAGGACUUCCAGCCCUGCAUGGGUCCGGGCUGCAGUGAUGAAGAUGGCUCCACCUGCAUGAUGUCAGACUGGAUUACGUGGUCCCCCUGCAGCGUGUCCUGCGGGAUGGGCACCAGAUCCAGGGAGAGAUACGUCAAGCAGUUCCCUGAGGAUGGCUCCAUGUGCAAGGUGCCCACUGAGGAGACUGAGAAGUGUGUUGUAAAUGAGGAAUGCUCUCCCAGCAGCUGCCUGGUGACUGAAUGGGGGGAGUGGGACGAGUGCAGUGCCAGCUGUGGCACAGGGAUGAAGAGGAGGCACAGGAUGAUCAAGAUGACUCCUGCUGAUGGGUCCAUGUGCAAGGCAGAAACCACUGAGGCAGAGAAGUGCAUGAUGCCCGAGUGCCAUACCAUCCCCUGCCUGCUGUCUCCCUGGUCUGAGUGGAGUGACUGCAGUGUGACCUGUGGCAAGGGGAUGAGAACAAGGCAGAGGAUGCUGAAAUCUGCUGCUGAGCUGGGAGACUGCAACGAGGAGCUGGAGCAAGCAGAGAAAUGCAUGCUGCCAGAGUGCCCCAUCGACUGUGAGCUGACAGAAUGGUCCCAGUGGUCUGAGUGCAACACCUCCUGCGGCAAGGGCCACAUGAUCAGGACCAGGAUGAUUAAAAUAGAGCCCCAGUUUGGGGGAGCAGCUUGCCCUGAGACUGUGCAGCGUGCAAAGUGCAGAGUGAGGAAGUGCCUGAGGGGAGCAGGGAUGGAAAAGAGGCGCUGGAAGGAGGCCAGGGAGAAGAGGAGAAGCGAGCAAGCAAAGAAGAAUUUGGAUAGUGAGCAAUACCCGGUUUGUAGGCUGAAACCAUGGACUGCUUGGACAGAAUGUUCUACCCUCUGUGGAGGUGGAAUUCAGGAGCGCUACAUGCUGGUGAAGAAGAGGUCCAAAAGCACUCAGUUCACCAGCUGCAAAGACAAAAAGGAGCUAAGAGCAUGCAAUGUCCAUCCUUGUUAACAAAACACAAGGUUCCAAGUGAUGCACUCUGAGCUAAAUGGAAAGUCAACCUUGGUUUGUUUUUUUACAGCAGCAACAACAAAAUAUAAAGUGUAUAUUAGUUUUCAUUUUUUUGCGGUGUGGUUUGCUUUUUAGUCUUGCUGGUGCAAGAAAAAAUAUUUUAUAAAUAUUUCCUCACGGAUUUAUGCUGAGAGUAAGUCUUUGGUACUCCAGCCAGCCCUUGAUGCAUAAAAAUAGUAAAGUCAUGGUGAGUUAUUUAACUAAAAUAUAGACAUAUCUGUGGACAUGGAAUAGCCAUACAGAAAUACCACUUGUAAAGACAUGGGAUGCAUGCAUAUUAACAAAACUCAGUUAAAGUGACAGAAAGUUUCAUCUGUGGGAGGAUUUCUCUCUAGAUUUGAUUUUGAAAAUCCAAAGCAGUGCCUCUGUGAUAACACAACUAUGCCAAGGAGUAAUUUCAGUAAUGCUGGUUCAAUAACAUUAAAGGUGCAUGUUUAUCUUUUUACACUGUUGGGUUAAGCUGAUAGUUAUUACAAUAAUAAAAAUUAUAAUCCUAAACACUUUUAUUCACAUGGAUGCUGUGGUCCAUGCAAGAAGGUCUUUUUUUUUCUUCCAAACUUAAAAAAGAAAUAAUUUUUGCAGCUCAAUAGUGAUGUCUGACCAGCACACAAUCACAGUCAAGACAGCACAUGAAGAAAACAUGCAAAUGUCAUAAUAUGUGUACAGCCCACCAUUGCCUGUCAAGAUGGACACAGAGCUAGAAGAAACUGGUCCAGAGUGUUGCAACAGCUGUGCCACAGGAUGUCUUCCACAUGAGAGACACUAAAAAUUAGAUUCAGGUUCACAAGGAUCUUAUUCACAGGUGAAGAGGGAGACAGGUUUAUAAUAAAACAAAAAUGGUAGAGGAAAGGUGAGCCAGGCUUUCUUGCAUCCCUUAAAACUGAAAUGAGCCUCUGAAAGGAAACAAUGACAGUCUUAAAAAAAGCUGAUUACAGAUUGGCACAAGAUACAGAAUACUAUUUCAGCAGUGUCAUUUAUGUCUUUUUUACUCAGAGUAUAAGGUAAUCUAAAAAUUACUAAAUUCGUGAGAAGUACCCAUUUGUGGGUAUCCUAGCCAGGUUAAAUGCCCUCCCUGACUACUUGAGUGAUUAAACACCUGCUUUUCUGAGAUUAGAAAAUGCCUCCUCACUCUUCUAAUAGCUAUUUUUCCACUCCUCCUGCAAAAUUCAGCUCUUGUCCCUGCAGAGAGUCAGGUGUAAUCAGGGCCCCACUUGUUAUUGGAAUAGAUUUUCCUGUGGUUUUGUUUUUCUGUAACAAUCUAACACUAAGAGGGGAAGGUGAUGGGUUACCUUUUGGUCCAGGCAAGGCAGCACACCCCAAUGUCUCUACAGAAUUAAGAGCAAUGCACUGAAAAUAAAGAUUGUUUGAUCCUGACUCUUAAGCUUGAGAGAAGUGAAAGGAGAGAGUUUGUUUUUUUUAAUGGUCUCUAAACCAGCCUUAAGUAAUUUACUCACUUCCUUAACACUUGGUCACUACCCUGAGGAGCUGACAGCUGGGUUUUUAAUGCUGCUGUGCACCACAACCCUCUGAGCUGUUCAUCUUCCCCACCACCAGCACCUGGGGAUCCUUUGUUCCUGAACAGCUCGCUGGCUGCUGGCAUUAAUUGUGGGGCUGUUCAUCGGCCACUGAACACUGCAAGGGCUGCUCAGGACUCCCACAGCCUCAUCCCAAUCCCUCUCAAGAUAUUUCACUGCUUUCUGCGGAUUUGGAGUGGAGGAAAGGCCGGGGAAAUAAUGGAACCCUGUCCUGCUGCUGCUAAAUGAAAUGGGUGCAUACCCAUAGCCAACCAAACCAGGAGAGAAAAAAAAAAAAACAACAAGAUUUUAAUGCUAAAACCAAACAUUUCACUUUUUGCAUCUUGGCUCACUUGAUAAUGUUAAUUCAGAUAGUUUGCCUCCUUUUGCCUGUUGAAAAUCGUGCAGUUUAUGUCUCUGCAGCAUUGCCAUCACCGCAUAGCAGCAAGACUGUCCCUCUCUAAUGCAUUUAGGGACCUUACAUUUCACUUUUGUGACCAAAAAUAAAGAAAACCCAACAAAAAAAACCCCCAGUGGAAUGAUACAGGUGCUGGAGGAGUGACCAGCUGAGCGUAUUUUGGGUGAAGAAACUGCAGAGGAGGCCACAGUGAUCAAUGCCAGGGGCUCAGCCAGGGCAGAGCCACAUCCCUGGGUGAGCUGGCAGAGGGUGUCCCAUUCACUCAGAAAAGCAAUCUGUGGCCAUAAAAUGUGUGGCAGAGUGCUUUCAAAGGCUUUGAGGGAACUGUGAGCUGGGGCAGAGGGAGCAGAAGUUUCUCCUGAAUGGAAAAAAAAUUUGCUGAGUUCAGGAACCAGGUUUAUCUCAUCAACCCUGAGCACUUGUUCAAGCUCACCUUGCAGAACCGUGCCUGUUUCAGCAAAUAAUCAGUGAAACCCAGCGUUGUAUUUUCAUUUUCACAUUUGUUCCAGUUCAUCGAGCUGUUUUGUCUACUAAAUACUCCCUUUGCCAAAGUCCAAGAACACUUACAGAAAACAUACAGCACCUUUCUGAACACGCUCACAAAAUUGUCCGUUAAAACAAUCUGGCAUUCUUUUCUCUGUGCUUCUCACUAAUUUGAUUCUCCACAUCUCCACAUCCUUUUUUUUUUUUUUUU